AUGGCACAAGGGGAAGAGAACGGAUUCUACCGCAGCAAUGGGAACGUGGAGGAGGGCCUGGCUCUCCAGGAUGGAGGGGCAUCCCCUCAGCCAGAGGUGCUUGGGGCUACAGACAGAAGGAUGCACAGAAGAGCUCUGGGCAAAUGGUGCACCCGCCGCCGGGUGUGUUUAGUGGUGCUGGCUGCGCUGGUUGUGAUCCUGACUCUGAUCGUGAUUGUUGUGCUGGCAGCAAAAAGGCCUGGAAAGCAUCCAGCUCUGGUGCUGGGCUGUCCUUACGACUGGGUUGGAUACCGCAAUGUCUGCUACCACCUCUCUGUGGAGGAGAGGAGCUGGAAUGAGAGCCAGGAGCAGUGCUCCCGGCUUGGGGCCUCGCUGGCUGUGCUCAAGAAGGAGUGGGAAAUGAAGUUCGUCUUGCUCAUCAAGGGCAACAAGGAUUACUGGCUGGGGCUGCGGAGAGUGGGCAAGCGCCUGGAGUGGGUGGAUGGAAACAGCUUCAACCACACGAUCCAGGUGCUGGGCCAUGAACCUUGUCUGUUCCUGAACGACCGCGAUCUCAUGAGCUCAGCCUGCUCCCUGCGACUGCCAUACGUCUGCAGCAAGCCCCAGGCUGGGCUGUGA